AUGCCUGGUCGUCUGCGACAAGAUCAACCCCGGGUCUAUAACAUUGCCAUUAUCGGCUCCGGCCUCGGAGGUCUCAGUGCCGCCGUCGCCCUUCGUCGAGCAGGUCAUAAUGUCACCAUCUAUGAGAGGUACGACUUUGGAGGCGAGGUCGGUGCUUCACUAUCCGUAGCCUCCAAUGGCUCCCGCCUGUUGCAAGAAUGGGAUGUGGAUAUCAAGGCAGCCAAGCCCGUUAUUCUCAGAUCUCUCAUCAUGCACGAUUGGUCAUCCGGUCAAGUCACCAGUACCUACGACCUGGGCGAUUACCGUGCCAAAUUCGGGACCGAUUAUAACAAUUUCCACCGUAUCGACAUCCAUAAUCUACUCAAGCAGACUGCGAUCCAAGACGCCGGCAAAGGUUCACCGUGCAAGUUAGAAACCUGGCACAAGGCCGUCGAGGUUGAUCCUGAAGCCGGUUCUGUCCUGUUUGAAAAUGGAAACACCAUCACCGCCGAUGCCGUCAUCUGCGCCGACGGAAUCCGAUCAGUCUCUCGGGAGCAGAUCGGUGUCGUUCCUCACUUUGUCGCCUCAACCUCGUGUUGCUAUCGCUGCAUCAUCAGCGCCGACAAGUUGAAGGAAUUGGGUCUUGAAGAAUACCUCAACAACAAUGCCAUCGAGUUUUGGGGCGGUUUCGGCAUCAACAAGAUUGUUCUCUCCGCAUGCUCGGACAACAAUGUUGUUUCCUGUUACUGCUUUUAUCCCUCAGAACUGAACAAUGUGCGCGAGGAUGGUUGGAACAUCUCCACAACACCCGAAAAUCUCGUGGCCACGUUUCCCAAUCUCGACCCCAAACUGCACAAACUCUUUAUGCACUCAGAGGACAUCAAAAUGUGGAGGCUGUACAACCACGACGAGUAUGCGUAUUGGACCAACGCCAAAUGCACUUUACUAGGUGAUGCCGCCCAUCCUAUGGUCCCAGACCAGUCUCAAGGUGCAUGUAUGGCAAUAGAAGACGCUGGCGCCCUGGGAAUUAUCUUUGGCCCAAAGUAUAGCCAUAUUGGGGUUCAAGACAAGCUCAAGUUGUACGAAAGGGCCCGAAAGGCGAGAGCGACCAAGGUGCAAACGGCAAGUGCUCGUGCCAGGACAGAUCUGUCGGAGCGGAUAGGUUGGAGCAGUUCGACGGAUAAGCCAGGAAAACUGACCAUUGAAGAGAUUUGUGGCUAUGACAUGCAUGCCCACAUCGCCCAGCUGGUGCAGGAUUCUCAAUUGUCGACGCACACGCUACCGCCUGCUUCAGUUGAAGUAGCAGUGGGUGCAUGAAUGACACUGAUAGCCUCUUUUUGUUUGGUGUUUUGGAGUGGUGUCAUUAAUGUAC